UUUGAACUAGUGUAUGAGUCGUUGGCGCCACGUGACAACCCCUUUGCAACACGUCGUGGUACUGGCACACGUCAUGCUGUGAAGACUUGGCCAAGGUCGCUGUUCACCACACAUGCACACAAACUGGUCUAUCCUGCAGAGCGUCCAGACAAUAAGUUCAUUCUGAUUGUGGGGGACUCCCAUUUGCGGUCAGUCGUGGAUGGGUUCGUGCAAAUGCCAAGCCAGGACAUUCUUUCCUUUGGAUUCAUGUCAACUCCAGGGGGGACUGCAAAGGAUCUGAGGACAGAGUUGCUCAACGCUGAGCUUCCAUGGAUCCCGGACGCUAUCUGUUUGUUGGCCCCUAGCAACAAUAUCACCGCUAGCCAUACCAUUGCAGAAGCUAGUUCAGAUUUCCACAUGCUUCUGACCAGCAUCAGAGAAAUUUGUUCUAAGGUAAGUUCUUUUAUAAGUUCCAUUUAUAAUUUCUAUCCAGAACUGCAGGAUCACUUCCGCCACGAAUACCAUCGAGUAGCAGCACGCUUGGCCAUACCAUACCACUCUAGUGCAGAGUCCUUCCCUUUCAACUACCGUGAGCUCUGGUGCAAGGAUGGUGUGCACCUCAGUGACAGUGACGGGAUGAAAAUCCUAAGGGACCAGCUGUGGGAUGCCUCUUUCUGCCAGGUUAUUGAGUCAGUACCAGAGCCAAAACCAGCACCAAAGCCGAAGCCAGCACCAAAGCCAAAAGCCUGUCCCACGGCUUCAGCUCCAACUCGCACGGUUUCUCCCAGGUUGGAUGUGAAGGGAGACAGCUGGACAGUUGUUGGACAAGGCAGGAAGAUGACUCAACAAGCAGACAUUGAAGAUUCCUAUGCUGCAGCUAACAUAAAGGGGGACUGUGUUCUGAAAGAAUGCUCCGUUUUGUUAAAUCCUGUGUGGUUUAGCCAGGAACUUUUGGAUGUGUUGGGUGACGGCAGUAUUUACCUUCCUCCUGCACUGAUCAAAGCCAUUCCAAAGGGCCAGAAGAAGACAACCACAAAACUUCGGCAGAGACCAAAUGAAUGCAAGAAACGAAAACUCUACCAGCAGGAGGAGGCAACACUGUUGGUGGACUCUGUCAGCCCAUCACCUCCGGUGAAAGAAGUCGUCAACCCUCAUUCUUCUGAUCCAUCAUUGAAGGACACCAGGAAGGACCAUGCCGUAAAGCUUCAAGAAAGAACCCCAGUGUCACAGAGGACAGAGGAUGUUCAUCAGUUAAUAAGCUCUAUGAGCUCAAUAGCAGAACACUGUUUGCCCUCCCUACUGCGCACACUGUUUGACUGGUACCGGCGGCAGAGUGGCACUGAAGACGAGUCUUACGAGUACAGGCCUCGCUCUAGUACUAAGUCCAAAGGGUGA